AUGUCGAAGAUCACAGUCGCCGGAGUGCGUACCAACGUGCAGGAGUUGCUCACCUACUCCAACGAGACCAAGAAGCGCAACUUCCUCGAGACCGUCGAGCUCCAGAUCGGCCUCAAGAACUAUGACCCUCAGCGUGACAAGCGUUUCUCUGGCACCAUCCGCCUGCCCGCCGUGCCCCGCCCCAACAUGGCCAUCUGCAUCCUGGGUGACCAGCACGAUAUCGACCGUGCCAAGCACGGCGGUGUCGACGCCAUGUCCGCCGACGACCUGAAGAAGCUCAACAAGAACAAGAAGCUCAUCAAGAAGCUCGCUCGCAAGUACGACGCCUUCGUCGCUUCCGAGACCUUGAUCAAGCAGAUUCCCCGUCUCUUGGGUCCUGGUCUUUCCAAGGCCGGCAAGUUCCCCACUCCCGUCUCCCACGCCGACGACCUCACUGGCAAGAUCACCGAGGUCAAGUCCACCAUCAAGUUCCAGCUCAAGAAGGUUCUCUGCAUGGGUGUCGCUGUCGGCAACGUCGGCAUGGACCAGGAGGAGCUCAUCGGCAACAUCAUGCUGGCCAUCAACUACCUCGUCUCCCUCCUGAAGAAGGGCUGGCAGAACGUUGGUAGCUUGACCAUCAAGGCCUCCAUGUCUCCCCCCAAGCGUCUCUACUAA